CCCACUCGGUUCCCGUCGUUGUUGCCUGAACGGUGCCCGGGAAAAGCCAAAGUUGGCUAAAACGAGUUGCAACCUCCCACUCCGCUGCCGCGAAGCUACGGAGGGAGGGCCGAAGUUCCUGCCCAGGGAGGAUGUGUUCCCUGGCGCUCUUCCCACCCCCACCGCCUCCAGGAGAUAUCACCCUUUAUGAAUUUAACAAUGCCCUGGUUUCUGGCCGAAGCUAUGAGAAGCUCCCACUUACUUUCCAAGGACAGCUGGAGGACCUGCCUGUCUUGACCAUCCGUAAAGACACUCUGAAAGCUCACAGCCGACUGGAACACACCACCAAGCCUGCCUUCAUUCAUCACUGUGAGUCACUGUGGAAGAGGUGCAUCAAUGCCUGGCGUGACGUUGGUGUGGCCGGUGUGCUUGAAGAGCUUGCAAAUGCGGAGGAGGAAGGUGACAUGGACGAGGGGAUGAAUGAGCAUUCUUGGACGGACUCUGCCAAGGAGCUAGCUCUUCGAUGGAUGAAAACUGGAUCCCGUUGUACAUUAGCAUUCUGUUGUUGGGUUUCCUCUCUCCAUGGUUCCUUCUUUCCCCAUUUGUCGCUGCAAAGUGAAGACAUGAUAUCAAAAUUCUCCCAGGCUGUGGAUUGGGCAGGCUGCUCCAUCCGAGCCUUUGCCUGGCAUCCCCACACCAGCAAAUUUGCUGUGGCCCUCCUGGAUGACUCCAUCCGUGUUUACAAUACAAACAGUGCCACCGUCCCAAUCCUGAAGCAUCGCUUGCAGAGGAACGUAGCAUCGCUGGCAUGGAAGCCACUGUGUGCGUCCAUUCUCGCGGUGGCGUGCCACAGCUGUGUGCUGGUUUGGCAUCUGGAUCCCACUUCCCUUUCCACCAGGCCUUCCUCUGGAUGCGCCCAGGUGCUUAGCCACCCUGGUCGUAGCCCCAUCACCAGUCUAGCCUGGGCACCCAGUGGAGGAUUGCUUCUAUCUGCCUCGCCUGUUGAUACUGCCAUGCUUGUGUGGGACGUAUCCACAGAAAACUGUAUCCAGUUGCCAUGGUUUGGAGGAGGUGGGGUCACAUAUCUAGCUUGGUCGCCUGAUGGCAGCAAAGUACUAGCAACUACACCUUCGGCUGUCUUCAGGGUGUGGGAGGUUCAAAUGUGGACUUGCGAGAAGUGGCCAACUAUCAAAGGCCCGUGUCGGACUGGCUGCUGGAGUCCGGAUGGCAGUCGCUUGCUUUUCACAGUCCAGGGUGAAUCAGUGAUAUAUUCCUUGUCUUUCUUAGAAUUCAGUGGUGAACAGCAAGGGCAGGUUGGUGGGUCAAAAACGGCCUCCAUCGUGGCAGAUCUGUCAGAAACCACCUUCGAGACUCUAUAUGGGGAGGAGAGGAUUGGAGGAGAAGUGCAUUCCAUGGUUUGGGACCCAAGCGGUGAAAGGCUUGCAGUUGUCAUCAGAGGAAAUUGUGAUGCUUCCAGCUGCAGAGCCAUCAUUGCUGUGUUUCGAACCCGCAACAGCCCUGUGUUUGAACUCUUGCCAUGUGGAUUCUUACAAGGUGAAGAUAGUGCAGAGCCUCAGCUGGUUGCUUUCCACCCUUGCUUUAAGAAAGGAGCCCUUCUGACAGUGUGCUGGUCAACCGGAAGGAUCAGCCACAUUCCUUUCUUCUUUGUGACUGCCCAGUUCCCUUCUUUGAGCCCUGGGCAAAGUCCCCUCGUGCCCUUGGGCAGCAGGAGCAGCGCUCGGGAGCAGCCGCUGUUUUCGGAACUCUGAAGGUCAGCACACGCCUGGCUUGGCCUUGAAACUGCUCCAGCUUCCCUGCCGGACUGUGUAACCCCAGGACACGGGAGAUGUCCGACGACGUUUAGGAGUGCAACUUCCUUCAGUCAGGUGCAACUUGGCGUGGAUUACCUGGCACGCUGCCUGCCUGUAGUCUUCUGGAACCUGAAGAAUUCUUGCCUGCCUGAGACGGACAACUUUGUGGUUGUAUUUGAGGCAGAAAAUAAAAACACAAAGGAUGAAUGUCUUAUUCCUAUUUACUGAUUCUUUCUGUGCCAGUUAAGGCAUGCAUCCUGUAGGGUUGCUUCAGCACUUUCAAACAAAACAGGUUUUGGAGCUUUAUAUAAUCAAGAUUCACACUUGUCAAGAGGUAUUCAAAGUACAUUUUCACUUGCUGCCUGUCCUGAGUGUUUCAUAGGUCACUGUGGUUCUCUGUAAAUUUCACUCCCUAGAGAUAAGAGCCUUUGCCACUGCUUGCAUCUUUAUGUUGGUAUGAAAGACAGGUGAGGCAAGGGGCUCAGAGGCCAAAAUGGUGGAUGACACAAAACUGGGUGGUCUGGCCAACACCCAUGGUGAAAGAAUGAGACUGCAAACUAAUUAGGACAGGUUGGAAGACUAGCUGAGAGGAACAGGAUGACCUUUAACAGGGAGAAAUGUAAGGCAUUACAUUUAGGGAGGAA